CGACGAUUUCCCUCCACGCCGGGACUGGCUUGUGGGGGAGGGAGGCGGUUAGUGGGCUUUAGCGCCUUUUCUGGCGGCGGUAGAUUUGAAGCGCUUUAAAGGACCGGACCCCGAGAAGUGAAGACUACAGGAGCAGGAGUGAAAGGAUUGGAUUAGUCUGCCCUUGAUUUUUCUCUAUUUAAAGAUUGAAGUAUUGGAGCCAUGGGAAUAAAGGUUCAGCGUCCUCGAUGUUUUUUUGACAUUGCCAUUAAUAAUCAACCUGCUGGAAGAGUUGUCUUUGAAUUAUUUUCUGAUGUGUGCCCCAAAACAUGCGAGAACUUUCGUUGUCUUUGUACAGGUGAAAAGGGGACAGGGAAAUCAACUCAGAAGCCAUUACAUUAUAAGAGUUGUCUUUUUCACAGAGUUGUCAAAGAUUUUAUGGUUCAAGGUGGUGACUUCAGUGAAGGAAAUGGACGAGGCGGGGAAUCUAUUUAUGGAGGAUUUUUUGAAGAUGAGAGUUUUGCUGUUAAACACAACAAAGAAUUUCUCUUGUCUAUGGCCAACAGAGGGAAGGAUACAAAUGGUUCACAGUUCUUCAUAACAACGAAGCCAACUCCUCAUUUAGAUGGGCAUCAUGUUGUUUUUGGGCAAGUGAUAUCUGGUCAAGAAGUUGUGAGAGAGAUAGAAAACCAGAAAACAGAUGCAGCUAGCAAACCAUUUGCUGAGGUGCGGAUACUCAGUUGUGGAGAGCUAAUUCCCAAAUCUAAAGCUAAGAAAGAAGAAAAGAAAAGACAUAAGUCAUCAUCAUCAUCUUCCUCCUCAUCCAGUGACUCAGAUAGCUCAAGUGAUUCUCAGUCGUCUUCUGAUUCUUCUGAUUCAGAAAGUGCUUCUGAAGAGAAAUCAAAAAAAAGAAAAAAGAAACAUAGGAAAAAUUCCCGAAAACACAAGAAAGAAAAGAAGAAGAGAAAGAAAAGCAAGAAAAGUGCAUCUAGUGAAAGUGAGACUGAAAAUCUUGAAGCACAACCCCAGUCUACUGUCCGUCCAGAAGAGAUCCCUCCUAUACCUGAAAAUAGAUUCCUAAUGAGAAAAAGUCCUCCUAAAGCUGAUGAAAAAGAAAGGAAAAACAGAGAAAGAGAGCGAGAGAGAGAGUGUAAUCCACCUAACUCCCAGCCUGCUUCAUACCAGAGGCGACUUUUAGUUACUAGGUCUGGCAGGAAAAUUAAAGGAAGAGGACCAAGGCGUUACCGAACUCCUUCUAGAUCCAGAUCAAGGGAUCGUUUCAGACGUAGUGAGACUCCUCCACAUUGGAGGCAAGAGAUGCAGAGAGCACAAAGAAUGAGGGUAUCAAGUGGUGAAAGAUGGAUCAAAGGGGAUAAGAGUGAGUUAAAUGAAAUAAAAGAAAAUCAAAGAAGUCCAGUUAGAGUAAAAGAGAAAAAAGUAACUGAUCACAGGCAUGUGUCUGAGAGUCCAAACAGAAAAAAUGAAAAGGAAAAGAAAGUUAAAGACCACAAAUCUAACAGCAAAGAGAGAGACAUCAGAAGAAACUCAGAAAAGGAUGAUAAGUAUAAUAAAAACAAAGUGAAGAAAAGGGCCAAAUCUAAAAGUAGGAGUAAGAGCAAAGAGAAAUCAAAGAGUAAAGAAAGAGAUGCAAAGCAUAAUAGACAUGAAGAAAAGAGGAUGAGAUCAAGGAGUAAAGAAAGGGAUCAUGAGAUUGUUAAAGAAAAAGAAAAGUCUGAUUCUAAAGGAAAAGAUCAGGAAAGGAGUAGAAGUAAAGAGAAGUCUAAACAGUUAGAAUCAAAAAGUAAUGAGCAUGAUCAUAAUAAAAGUAAGGAAAAGGAUAGACGUGCACAGUCUAGAAGUAGAGAACGUGAUAUCACUAAAGGCAAACACAGUUACAAUAGUAGAACAAGGGAACGAAGCAGAAGUAGGGACAGGAGCAGAAGAGUGCGAUCUAGAAGCCAUGACCGAGAUCGCAGCAGAAGCAAGGAGUACCAUAGAUACAGAGAACAAGAGUACAGGAGAAGGGGAAGGUCUCGAAGCCGAGAGAGAAGAGCAUCACCAGGAAGAUCAAGAAGUAAAGAUAGAAGGAGGAGGAGGAGAGAUUCACGGAGCUCAGAGAGAGAAGAAAGUCAAAGCAGAAACAAAGAAAAAUAUAGAAACCAAGAAAGUAAGAGUUCACACAGAAAAGAAAAUUCUGAGGGUGAGAAGAGAAUGUACUCUAAAAAUCGUGAUCAUAAUAGCUCAAAUAAUAGGGAAAAAAAGGCUGAUAGAGAUCAAAGUCCAUUCUCAAAAAUAAAACAAAGUAGUCAGGACAAUGAGUUAAAGUUCUCCACGUUGAAAAAUAAGGAGGAUGAGAAGACCAGAUCCUCAGUGGAAAAAGAAAACCAAAAAUCAAAGGGUCAAGAAAAUGACCACAUACAUGAUAAAAAUAAAAAAUUUGAUCAUGAAUCAAGCCCUGGAACAGAUGAAGACAAAAGUGGAUGAGUGAGUUGUGUAAACUUCUUAUUUCCAUUCUGCUCAAAUUUUAAGUUUUAGAGACUUGCUGAUGAAUCUCCUUUAUGUUGUUUUCCUCUUUUCAUUGUUUUUGGGUUUUAUGUUUGUCCCUUUUUUUUUUUUAAUGUGGACUUUAUUGAGUUGAUCUUUUGAUAAUCUGCAACCUGGAUAAUUUGUACUGCUAAAGUUUUAAUAAACUUGAAAUGAGAAAAACA